UAAGCUGCUGCAGGGCGGGGCGGAGAGAGGCGAAGAAAUCCCUUCCACCACCACCCCCAGCCCCUGGCUGGCUGCCUCCUUCCGCCAGUCAGGCUGGUUGCUGGGUCCCGAAGCCCUCAGCUUCCUCCUUUCUCCUUCGCGCGCUCACUUCCAUCCCAUGCGGGUAGCGGCGCGGAAGAAGUCUUUGGUGGCUGCAGCGGCAGCAGUGCAGCCCCCGGCGGGCGGCGGCGGCGCUAGCAGCAGCAGCAGGAGCCGCAACAACAACAGCGGAGGCUCCACUUCUUCUGGCCAUGUCCCGCUAUUCUUGCUGCUGAGUCCGGCCGGGUGGUGGGGUAUCCGCCACCGCCGCCGGAGUCGCAGCUCUGGGGAGCACUCAUGAGUGCGGAGACUGUUUCCCGCGCCUCUACGCAGCUCCGCGCCCUCUUUCGGAUGGAGCCGGCCCCACUCGCCGCCUCUGAGCAGCUGGUGGGAGCCUCUGAGUUUCUCAAAGACCGACUAUAUUUUGCUACUUUACGGAACAGACCUAAAAGCACAGUAAACACUCACUAUUUCUGUACGGAUGAGGAAUUUGUCUAUGAAAAUUUUUAUGCAGAUUUUGGACCUUUAAACUUGGCUCAGAUAUAUCGAUACUACUGCAAACUCAACAAGAAACUAAAGUCAUUCAGUCUAUCAAGAAAGAAAAUAGUGCAUUAUACCAGCUUAGACCAGCGGAAACGAACAAAUUCAGCAUUCUUGAUAGGUGCAUAUGCAGUGAUCUACUUGAAGAAAACACCAGAAGAAGCUUACCGAAUACUCUUAACGGGAUCGAAUCCACCGUAUCUUCCAUUUAGGGAUGCCUCAUUUGGAAACUGUACAUAUAAUCUAACUGUUCUGGACUGCCUACAGGGAAUAAAAAAGGCCUUACAUCAUGGAUUUGUUGAUUUCAAGACAUUUGAUGCAGAUGAGUAUGAGCACUAUGAGCGCGUAGAAAAUGGUGAUUUCAACUGGAUUGUCCCUGGAAAAUUUUUGGCAUUUAGUGGACCACAUCCAAAGACCAAAAUUGAAAAUGGCUAUCCUCUCCAUGCACCCGAAGCCUAUUUCCCAUACUUCAGGAAGCACAACAUUACAACAGUCAUAAGACUCAACAAAAAGAUUUAUGAGGCAAAGCGCUUCAUAGAUGGUGGGUUUGAGCACUACGACCUAUUCUUCAUAGAUGGAAGCACGCCGAAUGACAAUAUAAUGCGACGAUUCUUGAACAUCUCUGAAAAUGCAGAAGGUGCCAUUGCUGUGCAUUGUAAAGCUGGGCUAGGAAGAACAGGAACACUGAUAGCCUGUUAUAUAAUGAAACACUAUAAAUUCACACAUUCUGAAGCCAUUGCCUGGAUAAGAAUGUGCCGGCCAGGUUCUAUCAUUGGACCCCAGCAGCAUUUUCUUGAAGAGAAGCAGGCAUUGUUAUGGAUCCAAGGAGACAUCUUCCGAUCUAAACAGAAACCCAAGUCAAUAGAUGAAGACAGUGUGAACAAAGUUCUUUCUGGCUUGGAUGAAAUUUCCAUUAGUGGGAGUUUGAAUAAAGUAGAAAAUUUGGAGAGAUAUGAGGAGAAAGACAUGGAAGAUAAUGGAGAAAUGGAAAUGAAGAAUGGCAUGACACAAGGAGACAAACUUCGUGCCUUAAAACUUCGGAGGCAGCCACGUUCAGCUACCACAGGAGCUCUUAGGUUAGAAGAUAUGAAACUGCACACCAGAUCCAUGUCCCAGCCUUUCAGAUUGAAUACUGCAAGUAUGUCACAAGGAUCGAUAUCUCCUUUGAAGUCCUCCAAAGUGAUGGCUGCUGUGUCACCUGCAGCAAAGAGGAUCAGCAGGCAUUCUUCAUCUUCGAGCUCAAGUUUAAAAAGCAUUUCCAUAAACUCCAGGCUAGCCAGUUCUCUAGGGAACCUGUAUGCUGCUUCUGAUGAUGCUGAGAGCAAACUGACAUCAUCGUCCUCUAGGACAGGUUAUUCUGUAAACCAAAUCUCCAAUUUGAAUGGCAGUGCACAGCUGCCUGCCAGAAAUUACCAUGAGCUGAACAACAACCUUUACAACAGGAAUGGCCGUAGUGCUACCAACAUCAACAGCUAUGCCAAUUCUCCCAGCGUCCUGACAGACGGAUACAGCACCUACAGAUCCUUUUCGGGGCUUGUUGCUUCUCCAGCAAGAUACCUGAGCCGUUCAAUUCCUUCCCUUCAGUCUGAAUAUGUUCAGUACUAAAGCCUUGUUGCUUCGGUGAAAGCUGGACAGCUCUUAAAAAUCCAUUUUCUUCACGGAGAAGCAAUAUUGAGGGAAAGAACCUACGGGGAAGGAGACCUCUUCAUACAUGAUUAGAACUUUAAGAACACUAAGUAUUUGAAUAACCAGAGACUUCAAUUAGUGACUACUACAGAUGCACUGAAGUUACUCUGAAUAUUUCAAUUUUGUGUAAAGAAUUAAGAUUUUAAUAAGAAAAUUUCUUACAAAAUUUUAGCAGUACAUUUGUAAUUACAGUUCUGGAUACAGUAUUAAAAUGUACAUGUAUCAAGUAAAAUAUUUUGGUAAGCUAUGUGGGGGUACAUAUAUAUAUAAUACAAUUGUGUAAAAAGUAGGUUAUAUUUUGGUUUGGGCUUCACUUUUUUUACCAAACAUAUUUUUAAAUAUAUUAGAACAUUUUACAGUGCAACUAUAUUAGCCAGGAUGCAGAGUAGCCUGUGAGUGCAGACCACUUUUGUGAACACAUCGAGGAGAUGGUUGCAGCUGAUUUCCUUCAGACGCCAGUCUCUCAUGGAGGUGCCACUCUAGAGGAUCUCCCAAUUCACAGAGUAGAAGAGGUUGCUACCAGAAUGGGGUUGCUGAAGAGUCCGUGGGUGUACCCUUGUGCACACCUGGAUUCCAGCCAUUAAGAAUAGAAUUUGGUUUCAUUUUGUGUGACCAUCACCGUGGUUUCAGUCUAAAGUACUUUACUUUAGCUUGUGGGAAAACAAGCUAAUCAGUCUCACUGUUUGCUUUUAAAUACCGAUAUUGAAAUUGACACUUUGAAAGGGAUUUAGAAUGUCCAUAAAGUAGGCCUUUUUUUAACAUCCACAGUGUCUUUUCUACAGAAAGGGAGAGGAAUUUUAAAUUUUUUGCGUUGUUAAAUCCAACAAUUUGUUGUUGUUGUUAAAAAAAUUACAGCCUUACUUUCUGUAUAGUUUUUAUUUCUGUUUCAGCCUCGGUUCUAAAAUUUGUACUGUUUCAGAAUGAAAUAUGCCUGGUAAAGAAAUAACUUGUUCACAGUAAGGAAAAGCUUAUGUACCCUGAAUUAAUAAGAAUUGCAUGUCCUCUUAGUCAUUUGACCUUUCAUUGCUAAAAUGAAAGGUUCUUCAUAGUGGUCCUGUUGUCCAGUCACACGAACGGAUGUCUGUGCAGGCGCUGAGCAUCCAUAGUGUGAUUGGACAACAGGACCACUAGAAGAACUACCUUUACAGGUAAGCAACCUGACUUUUUUUGUUACCCCAAACGUAGACAUGCAGAAACUCCUGUAUCUUCGUUCUGGAUUGCUGGUGCACUAAUAAAGCAGUAGACUAUUCUCCUUAAUGGUACACUAUAUUUACUGGACAUCCAGCCAUUCUGUACUGCUUAUUAUACUCCCAAAUGCUAUUGCCAGUGACUAAUGCCACCUUAAUGUGUUUAGUCCUCAAUUGUCAUCACUGAAGUAUUUCAGACAAUGUUGGGAAAAUAUGUAUUUCUUCAGCAGAAUCGUUCAAAAAUAUUUCUAAAAUAAUUGCCAUUUCCAUAUUCUCCACUUGCAGUACUAAUGAUCAGUGACAAUUGGAAAGCAAUAAUGGUGAAAGCUUAAUGUUAUCAUUUCUGUUGGGUUGUAUCCUAUGUAGUGUGAGUCCAGUGGCUCUUCCCUGCCCCUCCCUCAAAAGCCACUACUGAUGGUCAGGGGAUCCUUGAACAGUAUAAUCUUGAGCUGUAGUAGGAAGGGGAAUUCCUGCAAACGCAGCACAAGCACUUGUGAGCAGAACUCUGCUUGCAGAAUGUCCCUCCAUGAGGUUUCUAGGAUGCCCCCCUUCCCCACUACAGCCCCCCAUGCUGCUAAUCACAAAUCUCCUGCACUCAUUUUCUGAGGUCUCCUGGCCUCCAAGAGUGGCUUUUGAGGAGGCUUAGGAGCUUCUCUUGGGAGGAAGGGACAGGGUAAAUGACUUGCACAAGUGCCAUUGAGCUUGUACUACUUAGGAUACAAUCUGUAGUUUGAAGAAAUCUCAACCAUCGAUGUUAAACUAAGUAUAUGCUGUGUUUUAUUGGUUUCAUGUCAAACAAGGAUAAUUAGUGCUGAGAAAAAUGCUGUACAUUAUUUUGAAGGGAAAUUGUCUUAAUUAUGAUGGUUACAUUCUUGAUUGCAGCUGUUUUAAUCAUUAAAUGCAAUAUUUUUUGUAAUGUACAUAAAAUGUCUGUAUAUGAUAGGAAAGGUAAUUCUACCUCUAUAAAAUUUGACAUGUAUUUUGUUACUAGCUCAGUUAUUAGAAAAAUGUACUAUAUUUUUGAAAUGUAGAGAUAAAAAUGCUAAUGAAUAAAAAGUCAAUUAUAAACAACUUAA